UGUUUUUUUCAGUUCUCGGAGUGAGUAGCAGAGCGAUUGCCAGAUCUCGCAGCGAAGAAUUGAGUCACACUACCAUCUCUGAGUCUUCUGUUCAAUUUAAGCGUUUGUUCAAGUCAUCGGAGAAGGCUGCAGUUUAGUUCUUAUUUUAUCGUACUUUAUUUUUUGAAUUUUGCAUCCGGAAAUUCCGUCAAUGCUUGCGGAAGUAGUGUUCCCAGUCGGCGUGGUGUUUCCAAGUUCACGAGAAGAUUUGUUUCCCCGGCGACUGUAAUCUAGCUGCGUCGAUUAAUUUGGUGUGGCUUAUUAGGAUGUUUGUGAAGGGUGUUUGUGAAGAAAUUUCUGGCGGUGAAGGGUAUCGUGAGGUUGAUUCUUCGGGUUUCUGUGAGCCUUAAGUUGAGGUGCAUUAAGGUUUUCGCCAGUUGGGAGAUGUUGGAUGGUGAUAAGCACGUUGAAUUCUUGGCCGAAAGAAGAAUCGUUAUUUAUGAGGAUUCGUGAUGUGGAGUAACUAGUGGAGGGCAAGAAUCUGUUGGAGUGGAAUGAGUGAGAUUUGAGUAUUGUGUCAUAUCUCUGUCUUGGUUAGGUUGAAUUUCGGAGGUAUGGAGAAAGACGAUGCUGUGUGAGGGCGGGAUUUUGUUGAGAGUGCAGUUCGAAGUGACGGGGUGAGGAGGGCGUAAGCUUAGAAAGAGUGCGGGAGUGGCAAUCAAUAUGGAUCAAGGCGAGUCAAAGAAACCGAUUGAGCUACUGGAGGAGCUCGUCCGAGUUUGCAAAGAUAGGUCACGGACGGCGGCAUUAUUCCAUGACAAUCUGCAGGACCUUUGGCCCACAUUGCAGGGCGCGUCGUCGCAUUCUUUGCCUAAGCUUCAGCUUUUGCAAGAGCAAAGAAUACUUCUGGCUUCAUCCCAACACCCGCAGAGGUUAAUUCAGAAGAUCGAGGAACUAAAGGAUGCUGGGGUGCAGGGUAUUGAUAGGUACAUUUGGCUGGUUGGUCAGAUUAUUUCAGAGCCCUCUUUGAAGGAGCUUCUGUCAAAAGAUCAGGGUCCAGAACCCUCCUUGGAUCAAGAUAUUGCCGAACCUCGUACUCCGGAUUUUUCUGGAUAUGCAUCAUCGGAGCUUGAUGAGAGCUUGCCGUCAAAGAAAAUGAGAGAAGCUGAGAACAUAUUUAAGUCUGUCCCUGGUUCUAGUCAGCGGAGGCUGAGCAUUGACGAUGGCGGUCAGGCUGGAUCUGCCAGCUGGAUUUCUAUACGAUCUGAAAAAAUUCUCGAUGUACCGAAGUCACUUAUAGAGGGCGUAUCCUAUCCAGCUACUCCUAGGUGGAAUAUUGAUAGACCUUAUCUUACUGGUCAACUAUUUCCCCAGAGCAGUACACCGAAUAGCACAAGGCGGAGUCCAACUUCCAAGUCUAUUCACCUCGAGAAAGAAGCAAACAGUCAUAGGGAAACAAUCAAGCCGCUUUCCAGCUUUUCACCCUAUGUCCAGGAGCUACUGGUGAUAGAGGACUUGCUUUCUGCAAUUGUUGGGAUUGAGGGUAAAUAUGUAUUUGCGCGAAGGGGUUGGCACAAAGAAGGAAACUCCUUUUCCUAUCAACUGGAUCCAACUUUGGAUGCUUCUUUAAGUGAUUUGGCCAAAAGGAUUCUUCCCUUGUGUGAAAAUUAUGUUGUAGUUAGCCAAUUUGCAGAAGCUCGAUCGCAUUUCAAACAUGGAUUGGUCAAUCACGCAUUUGCGGCGGCACUAAGAGCUAUCUUACAGGAUUAUCACGCCAUGACCGCGCAGCUUGAGCAUCAAUAUCGAUUAGGUCGUCUUUCCCUUCAAGGCUUGUGGUUUUUCUGUCAGCCUAUGGUUGCUGCUAUGCAAGUUCUUUCUACGGCAGUCCAGAGAGCGAUUGUGCAGCAUGCAUCUGGUGCAACAAUGCUCAAUCUGCUGCAGAAGCAGGCGAUAGCCAUGGCUGGCGACAACUCAGCUAGGUCAUUGCUUCAGAAGCUGAUCCAUGCAGCUAGCACUCCUUACUUCAGAAUAUUGGAAAGAUGGGUUUACGAAGGCGUGAUUGAUGACCCCUAUGGUGAAUUCUUGAUCAACGAAAAUAAAUCAUUGCAGAAGGAAAGUUUAAGCCAGGACUACUAUGCUACAUAUUGGCAACAGCGUUAUAGUCUACGGCAAGAGAUUCCUGGAUUCAUUACGAGCUAUGCUAAAACCAUCCUUACCACUGGGAAAUACUUGAAUGCCAUGCGCGAGUGUGGUCACAUUGUUCAGGUACCUUCGGGAGAGAAUGGCCCAUCAUCGAGUGGGCAUGCUCAGCAGCAAGUCUUAGAACGUAUAAAUGUCGCACAUGAUUUUGCGAGUGCAGAACUUCUCAACCUGAUAAAAAAUAAGUUUGACUUAAUUGGACGGCUUCGAUCUAUCAAACACUACUUUUUUGUUGAUCAGGGUGACUUUCUUGUUCACUUUAUGGACACAGCAAAAGAUGAGCUUACAAGGAAGCCAUCAGCAAUGUCUGUUGAGAAAUUGCAGUCUCUGUUGGAGUUGGCUCUACGAACAUCAGUUGCGGCUUCAGAUCCAUAUCAUGAAGACCUCACAUGCAGCAUUGAAGAGUUAAGUCUCAUGACGCAGCUGCAUAACAUCGUGCGCAAUGGAACGGUCACUUCUCAGCAUACAGGCCCUACAGAAAGUGCCAACGCACCAGGGCUCGCCAGUGGAAGCACGACCGGAUUAGAGACAUUCACUCUAGAAUACAAGGUUAAAUGGCCUUUGUCAUUAGUCGUCUCCAGAAAAGCACUGACAAAGUAUCAGCUCAUAUUUCGACAUAUUUUUCAUUGCAAGCAUGUGGAACGUCAGUUGUGUGCAACGUGGCAAAAGCACCAGUCUACAGUGCGCACAGUCAAUACCUUGGGAACUGCUAUAUCUCGAUCCUAUGUCGUUUGUCAACGGAUGCUCCACUUUCUGCAGACUUUCCAGCACUACAUGACAUUUGAGGUUCUGGAGCCGAACUGGCACAUAAUGCAUGGUCAGCUUUUAAAUGCCAAAAGUAUUGAUGAAGUUAUGCAGCAUCAUGACGCAUUCUUGGAGAAGUGUCUGAGACAGUGCACACUUUUAUGGCCUCAGAUCUUGAAGAAAGUGGACAAGCUGAAGUUUAUUUGUCUGAAAUAUGCAACUGCAACUCAGUGGUUGAUCCCAGCACUAUUCCGCCAGAACGAAAAUUUUCAGCAAUCAAGUUCCACGAACAAUAAAUCAAAGAAAGGUUACAAGGAGAGGCGAGGAAGAAUUGAAUAUCCUAUGCAUGCUAGGCAAGCAGCUGAAGACAGCAAUUUCAAGAUGACAAUAGGGAAAAUCGACGAAGAGUUUUUCAAGGAACUUAAACUAUUAGUGGUGUUGUUGAGCAACGUGUCACAAAGUGAGCCGUGUUUAGCACAUCUUGCCCAAGGCUUGCAAGGUGUUGCAUGACUAGAUCUUUUCUCGCACGGCUAGCCACUGGUCGCAGUCCCAGCUAACUUGAAGUUCCUCAUGGAAAGACUUGCACCAAUGUCUCGGAGCUUUUAGAACAAAUCGGCUUGUCCUUUGGUUCUGCCAAUUAGAUAUAUUAGGAGCUCGCGACAGUGACGCAUCCGCCGAAGUAAAAUCAUGAUACGAGCUAGUCGAGACCCAAAGAUUUGAAUCAUUUUUGUCCACUUCCACAAUAUGUGACGUCCAGUAAAACAUGGUGAUAUUCUGAAGAGCGUGGUUCGUCACAUCCAGGACUUGCAAGAAUACUUGACAUCGGUCAUCGUGCAAACUUGCAGUUCAAGUCAUCAAGCAACUUGGGUCGAGUCCCUCUCAGAAGAGCGCCUGCAUCCCACUUUGUAACCCACGUUGAGAACCUCAAGUUGUCAGAACUUGAGAUCCGCAGAGUGUGCACGUGCCUUCGACUUCUUACAACAGUCAGUUUCCGGUCGUCCGAGGCAGAACCCAUCUGGCAGUUUUAACUGUUGGGUUUCGCGUGUAUCGUAGGCCUCACAGGUUUUGAAGCCUUCUAAAUUGAGGUUCUCUAUAAACGGUGUGGAACUCCUCCUUGUGUUGGCCCAUUCUCCAUGUAUAUCUAUGCACCCAAGUAUCAUCCGCG